UUUUAAAAUUUGCUUUGGAGAAUGAAGGCUAAAUUUAAAAGUCGGUCUCAUUAAAAUUAAUAGAACUUCUAAAAUAUCAGCCCGGAGGUCACAAAAAUGAAUUGGAGGUUGUAGAAUUAUUAGUUUUAUCAUUAUAUGAAGAAAUAAAUCAAAUAUUGCAUGCACUUUUUAAAAUAAGACACGACUUUUGAAUGACAACCAAAUUUAUUUAUUUUUUUAAACCACGUGACCGCUAUUUGAUGAUCACUAGUGGGGAACUCUGGGUACAUGGCCACUUAAAAAGUCUAACUUAUUUGUGGUUUUCUUUACGUUCAAGCUUAAGAAGAGUUGUCAUGGAGAGGUGUGUUGGCCAUGGCACCUUUAGAAAGAUGAGCAAUCCAUCUCCUGUAUCGAAUGGUAGCGGCAGCUCCAGAGGCUACGUCAGGGGGCAAGGAAAUCAGCGUCGAGGAUGGUGGAGAGGCCGUGGUAAUAACUAUCGUGGGUGGAGAGGAAACAACUACAAUAAUAAUAGAAGAGGAGGCAGAGGAAACUUUGGUAAUGCUACACCAUCAAGCAGUGGAGCAUCCAGUCUGAUGGAAUCUCAGCCAAGACAGAUCAGGCCUGAAAAAGUGCAGACUGUGCUCCAUGUUGCUUCCCCCUAUGCUGGCUGGAGCAUUUACUUCCCAGACCAGGUUUACUCUGAUCAUGCACCCGUUGUAGAAAAGGUUCAAGUCUUUGAGAAAUUCUUUGUUAGCUGGAGCAAGCUGUAUGACUGGGAUGAGAUUGAACAAAAAAGCUUUUUUACUGUGGACUAUAAGGAACUAUCUUCAGAUAAAGUUAUUAAGGAUAACUACAUCGAUUUGGAAUCUGAGCUUCGAGACUUGCCAGAAAAAGUGCUUGCUUGUAUUGGACUUGCUAUGCAUCAGAUUGUAUCACACAGCCACCAGCAGGAGGCAGUUGCAGUGGUGGAAGAGCUCGGUGGAUCCAGAGAAAGCAUAGCUAGCUACUGUGCACCCUUUAUUCAGCCCAGGAUCAUCAACUUUGGGACCCCACUUCCAUUGAAAAGUUUUAGAGCCAAUUGUUAUGGUAAAUUUGUCAGUGUUAAGGGUACAGUUGUUAGGGUGGGCAACAUCAAACCUUUGUGUACUAAAAUGGCAUUUCGAUGUGCUAACUGUACGUAUGUUCAGGCCAUUACUUUGCCUGAUGGAAAAUACACUGUUCCGACAAAGUGUCCAGCAGAUGAAUGCAGAGGUCGUACAUUCCAGUCUUGUAGAAGUGAUAAACUAACAGAGACUAUAGAUUGGCAGACUAUCAGAGUACAAGAAAUCAUGCCUGAUAGUCAGAAAGAAGCAGGACGGAUACCUCGGACAAUUGAUUGUGAACUGACCAGAGACUUGGUUGAUUCUUGUGUGCCUGGUGACGUAGUGACAGUGUCAGGGAUUGUCAAGGUCAACAGCGUAGAUGAGAGUCGAGGAAAAAAUAAAGACAAAUGCAUGUUUCUCCUCUAUCUCCAUGGCAACAGUGUAAACAAUAGUAAAGGAAAUAAACGUAAACUUGGAGAUGGCGGAGAAGGCUCAGGCUUGGCCAUGGACUUCACAAUGAAAGAGUUGUAUGCCAUUCAGGAGAUUCAAAGUCAGGAGAAUUUGUUUCAGCUCCUUGUGUCGUCCCUUUGUCCUAGCAUUUUUGGUCAUGAGAUGGUUAAGGCUGCACUCAUACUUUGCUUAUUUGGAAGUGGUCAGAAGUUUACAAAUGAUAAGAACAGGAUACCUAUCAGAGGGGACCCUCACAUUUUAGUGGUUGGUGACCCAGGUCUUGGUAAAAGCCAGAUGUUACAGGCAGCUGCAUCAGUGGCGCCACGCAGUGUCUAUGUGUGUGGCAAUACUACAACAACUUCUGGUUUAACUGUAACUUUGUGUAAAGAAGGAGGGACAGGUGAUUUUGCUCUGGAGGCUGGGGCCCUUGUUUUGGCUGAUCAAGGCUGCUGUUGUAUUGAUGAGUUUGACAAGAUGGGUUCUCAGCAUCAGGCACUACUUGAGGCCAUGGAGCAGCAGAGUAUCAGUAUAGCUAAGGCUGGCAUUGUCUGCAGCUUGCCAGCAAGAACCUCAAUCCUAGCUGCAGCUAACCCUGUAGGUGGACAUUAUAACAAAGCCAAGACAGUGUCAGAAAAUCUCAAAAUGGGGAGUGCCCUGCUGUCCAGGUUUGAUUUGGUUUUCAUUAUGCUGGACAAGCCUGAUGAGGAAAUGGACUGUGUUUUAUCAGAGCAUGUGAUGGCUCUACAUGCAGGUACUAAAAGAGCAACGCUGCCAGUUAGGAAUGCCCUUAGUGAAUCUCGGAUUAGCUGGGAAUUAGAGAAAUCACUCAGUGAACGACUGAAGUCUGCUAGAUCUGAGGAGACUGACAACAUUCCACAUCAGCUUCUAAGAAAGUAUGUUGGCUAUGCCAGAAAAUAUGUUCAUCCUAAAAUUGGCCCUGAGGCAGCUGCUGUCAUUCAAGAGUUCUACUUAAAGUUACGCCGCCAGCAUCAAAGUAGGGAUAGCACACCCAUUACAACACGCCAGCUAGAAUCUUUGAUAAGGUUGACAGAGGCCAGAGCCAGGCUAGAGUUAAGAGAACUGGCCACCAAGGCUGAUGCUGAGGACGUUGUGGAGAUUAUGAAGCACAGCAUGCAAGAUGUUUACUCAGAUCAGUUUGGCUUCAUAGACUUUCAACGAUCUCAGCAUGGUUCAGGAAUGAGUGGCCGCUCUCAGCCCAAGAAGUUUGUAUCAGCCCUGCAGAGAGUUGCAGAGCAAACAUACAACAACAUCUUCACUGUCCAGCAGAUGAGGCAGCUAUCAAAGGACAUUGGCAUGAACAUCCCAGACUUUGAAGGAUUUGUAUUGUCUUUAAACAACCAGGGGUUUCUGCUAAAGAAAGGACCAAAAGUUUACCAGCUUCAAACAUUUGGCUACUAGUCUUAAAUCUCAAGUUCAUCUAAUCAAACUUGUUGUUUGGCUACUAGUCUAAAAUCUCAAGUUCACCUAAUCAAACUUGUUGUUUGGCUACUAGUCUUAAAUCUCAAGUUCACCUAAUCAAACUUGUUGUUUGGCUACUAGUCUAAAAUCUCAAGUUCACC